GACCUGCCAAGUGCCGCUUCUACAUGGCGUGAGAGUGUGCCUUGAAUCAGCAAAAACGAUCGUGUCUGUAGCAAAGAAAUCGCACCAGCCAAACAAACGCUUGCCUUAUUGGAUAAACUCACAUGUCCCUUCGUUUUCGCGAUUGAGACCCAACACAGAACAUCAAGAAUGGAUCUUGGACUAGGCCUUCAAGGCGAUGUGGUGGUGGUGACAGGCGCAGGAGGACAGAUAGGCCAGGUCAUCGUCGAAGCAUUUUUGGCUGCUGGCUGCUUCGUCGGCGGCUUUGAUAUCGACAAGUCCAAGUUUGUCAAAGAACACCAGAAUCUCUUCUGGGUUGCGGUCGAUACUACCGACGAGGCGGGCAUGUUCUCCGCAUGGAAGAGCGUCGAAGGACGGUUUAAUGCGACUCCUACACUCUGCGUCUGCGCAGCUGCAGUUGAUCUCAGUUUCGUCGAGCAUCAUUCAUCUAUUACAAAAAUGUCAACUAGCCAAUUUCGCAGAACUCUCGACAUCAACACAACAGGAACUUUCAUAACCGCAAAAUUAUGGCUCCAACAUGUGGAGAAAAUGCUCAAGAACAGCAGUACGAAAACGAACGGUGUCAAUGGCCCAAAUUCAUCGACAGCACUACCACAAGACAAGAAGGACAAGAACAUCUCAUUAACAAUUAUCGUUUCCGAGGCUGGGGACUUUGGAGUCGCCGGCAACCCAGACUAUGCAGCAAGCAAAGCCGCAGUUCAAUUCGGUCUCGUUCUAUCCCUAGCACCGGACGCUGCACGUGUCCAUCCGUCGGCGAGAGUCAACUCCAUCUCCCCGGGAGCUGUCGACACGAAGAGGUUCAGAAUAGAGUGCUUAGAGGACGAGGCUGGUACACUCAGGUGGAUCGAGUCCGAAGCGACGGUUGCUCAAAAGAAGGCGGUGGAUGUAGAGGGGAUUGCCAAGAUGUGCCUGGUGCUGGCGAGUGAGAAGUGGUCUCCUUCAGUGACUGGUCAGAAUGUGAGACUCAAUGGUGGGAAGAGUGGGAGGCUUUUCUGGAACCAGAAUGGUGAUGCUUUGUGGUGA